CACAUCAUAUUUUCCAACGACAGCUACAACCGCGACCGCGCCUAAUAAUUGACUUUAGAGGAGCUCGGAUAUCAGUGAGCGUUGGCAGUGUUGGCCAGAUACUAAGUGAUCACUGCCGAUCAAGAUGGACAUCACUCGUGGUUCAAGAAGAGCAAGGCAUGUAGCUGCCACUCAUGCAAACCCAAACUCAAACACAAACGCCAGGGCACAGGCAAACAUGGCCUCGAGCCCGAGACCUGUACCAUCCGAUACAACCUCAUCUCCAGUGCCUCAAGUUCCAGCUGCUACUCCCAGCGGACCUUCUACUAGAUUGCAUCCAAGUCAAGGCGCUUCUCCUCUUGCUGCUGGUCCAAUGGUAACGCCCGACGGUCCUCCAAUUCAUCGAACACCAGAUCAACCUCCUGACCAAAGACGACGUCGAGCGCCUCCUCCUAAUCCGUUUCGUCUGUAUAGAACUGCCCAGCAGCCUACAGAUCGAUCUCGUCUCAGCAUGCCUCCCCGCGAUUCCGACGCCUCCAGCUCCGAUGCUGAGCCUGAUGAGAGUAUUCUCUUCAACCGCGCUCGCCCAAUGGCUGCUCCCGCUGGCCCUUCUUCUGAUGCCACAAUGGCUUACAACGACGACCAAGCUGCUGAGGACGAUGCUGAUCAGCGCACUCUUUCUCACUCCCCUGAAGAGUAUGAGGAUGAGAACUCAAUCGGCGAAGAAGAAGAAGAUGAUGCCGACGAAGACGAGGAUGACGAAGAAGCCGCUGAACACGACCAGGCUCAUGAAGCUGCUACCCUUUUUGACCCAGCUACUGCUGGCCUAAAGGAGAUUUCCAACCUUGCCCGUUUCACUGUCAGCAGCCACAAGCCUGGCAAUGGUGUUGAGGAGCUCAAGAGCGAUGACCUCAAGCUCUUCUGGCAAUCCGAUGGCCCUCAGCCCCACAAGCUCACCAUGUAUUUCACCAAGCGUGUUGGUAUUCGCGACAUUCGCUUCUACGUUGACUACAACGAGGAUGAGUCCUACACCCCUACCAAGGUCGUCUUCAAGGCCGGUACCAGCGAGAACAACCUUAUCGAGUUCGCUACCAUGGCUCUUGAGAACCCCUCCGGCUGGCAGCAGGUUCCCAUUGCCGGCGCUGGCGGUGGUCCUGACGGCAACACCCUCGUCGCUUGGGUCGUUCAGAUGCAGAUCCUCGAGAACCACCAGAACGGCAAGGAUACCCACCUUCGCGGUAUCAAGAUCUAUUCUUUCGACAACGACUCCGCCCUUGGCCCCGGUCGCGAUGGUAACCCUGUCGAAGAUGUCCUCGACCUCAUGGACACGGCCACUAGCCACAUCAACACCACUUCUACUCUUUCGCGCCCCAGCAACUUUGGAGCUCCCAACUUUGAGUCUGGUGAGGGAGGUCUCGCCAUCCCUGAAUUCAUGCGGGAGCCUGAGAUCCGCUAAAGAAUCUAUCGUAACCACCACGAACGGUACUAUACUUGCGAUCUGUCAUGUUAUGAACUCGGUAACUACACGGCGGGUAUUUUUUUUUUUCUUUUUUCUUUUUUGGGACUCGGUAUUCAUGACGGGCUCGGAGUGCUCGGGUCACUUGCACAAGAAAAAACAUUUCGGUGGAGUUUGGAGUAAAAGACACUUGUUUGUUAUCACGAUCUGCGCCCAACGAUGGCGGCACUGGUACGAUGGAUUUGCUUGCAUUAUGAAUUGCGCCUGAGCAAAUGGCUAAAGUAGACGGAUGAGAGAUGAUAGAUACCAGGAUUUGCAUUGAUUCCGAUU